UUGUGAUAUGGGCUUGUUAUCAAACAUUUGCGAAGUCCUGUUUCCUGUUUAUUAUUUAUGGUAGAGGUUUCAAAAUAAAAGUACAAUGAGCCGAGAAGUAUUGGCACCACCAUUACAACGAAUGGACAACAAUCGCUGCUAUCGUGUAAAUUUAAUACAUGAGGACUUUGGUAAUCAACUUGCAGCUAUGCAGCGCAAAGAACAUAAACCUGAAACAACAAAUGGCGAAACUGCAUAUAUGGAGCAAGACCUCUAUGCCGAAGAUGACGAUGAUGAGCAAGAAAAUAGCGAAAAUUUCCAAAUAGAGGAACUUACAAGCGGUCAUUAUAAGCUGACUAUGCAUGUUGCACAGAGCUUUUACGGUGGCUUGAUCGGUUUCAAAGGCAGCACGAAACGGCGCAUUGAAUCAGAAACGCGUACAGAAAUUUUUAUUCCACGCAAUAGAGAAGGUGGUCCGAAACAAGUCGAAGAUAUCACUAUAAAAGGUAAAACACGAGUAAGCGUUAUGAUGGCUCGGAGAAAGAUUAAUUUGCUAAUAGUUUCUCUGCGCAAACGUAUGCGACCAACACAUUUUGCGUGUGUACCAUUAAAUUUUGGAGAAAUAAAGGAGCGAUUCUGUGAAUUUAAGAAAGAACUUCUGGAGCUUAAUUUGCCAGGUAUUGAUGAAAUGCUUUUCCAAACUGAGGAGUGCAUACAUUUAACAUUAAGCACAUGCGUAUUGCUAGACGCCGCUGAGCGUUCUAAAGCUGUAGAGAUAUUACAAAGUUGCAAGGCAUAUCUCUCUGACCUACGAACACCAUUUCAAAUUGAAGUUAGGGGACUGGAAAUUAUGAAUGAUGACCCAAGUGCAGUGCGUGUAUUAUAUGCAAGAGUAGAAUCCGUUGAAUUACAAAAGUUUGCUGAUUUGGCAGUGCAGCCAUUUUUGCGUAGUGGUUUAGGGUUUGAUGAUUAUGAGCGAGAUAAUGUGAAACUGCAUAUGACUAUAAUGAAUAAUCGGUAUCGCAAACAGUUAGACGCGAAAGCAGCAGGCUCUUUCGAUGCGCGUGAAAUAUUAAAGCGUUACGGUGACUACUAUUUUGGAAGAGUGGAGUGCAAUGAGGUGCAUUUGUGUGUGAUGCAUCAUACAUCGGGUGAUGAACAUGGAACUUUCUACAAAAUCACUGGAAGCUUAAAGUUCUAAAAAUAAAAAUGGACGGCUUCAUA